AUUCAGAAGAUUUGAAGGCUGGAUGGCGGCUCCAGAUUUCGUCCUGGAAAGGACCACUUUGAGAGAAUUGGGGUUGUUGUAAAGAGUAUUGAGACAAGAUAUACGAAGUGCUUUGAAACUCUCAUGCAAUAUAAGUGCUACUCAUAUAGUCCUCAUCCGUCAACAUUUCCUGCUAACGUAUCCACUUCAGAACCAUUAUAACAACGAGGUUGAUCCACCAGUGGGGUUGGUUUGACUGUGGUUCCAAGGCCCUGCUCCAGGAAACCCAUAGAGAAGACUUGGGCCCCCCUUGAUGGACCAGAAGACCUUGAGGUUCCAUCUGGCCGGAGCAUGGGUGGUCCUGCUCUGCCUGCAGGGUGUAGGCAGCCUUGCACUGACUGACCCUCCCGAGUUGCUGGCUGGUGGAAAUGGGUGGGCCCUGCCGGAAGAUGCCGCCCAAGAGCAGGGUUACUACUUGCAGCAGCUCUUUGGGCAAUAUGGCGACAACGGCACCUUGUCCUUUGAAGGACUGACCCGCCUGCUGAUGAGCCUGGGGCUCGGGAAGGUGCAGGUGGUGGAAAUUGAGCACGAGGCCCUCGGCCACGGCCACGUCUCCCACCUGGACAUUCUGGAGGUCCAAGACAGCAAGCACCUGCACUCCCACUCAGCACUGGAGCACCUCAGCAAGACCGAACACAAGACCAGAGCUCAAGCAGAGAGCAUCACCCCCACCAGGCCUGGAAUCCUUCAGGUGGACACUGCUACCUUAACACCUGCACCUCCUGACAUCCAUGGGGUCAGGCCCAGCUUCAGGCCAGCACCAGAGCAGUCUGGAAAGGACAAAGAAGAACAUUUCAAGCCUUCCCAGGGACAUCCUGGGCUAAACCUUCUAGAGGGAGUGAUUGCCUUGGAUCACUCUGUCUACAAUCACCUACACGAGGAUUGUCUCAAUGUGUCACAGCUGCUGGUAAAUUUUGGCCUGAACUCUGUCUCCAAGAUCACACCAGAGCAGUUCACCCUGCUGUGCCCGGCUUUGCUCUACCAGAUCGACAGCCGUGUUUGCAUCCAGCACUACGAUGAAGUCGCUUUGGGCUCGGUGGGGAGCUCUAUCUGGACUGGCCUGGGCUGGGGAUUUUUGGCUAUCACCCUGACCAGCCUGCCUUCAGCACUGGCCCUUGUCCUCGUCCCUCUCCUCAGCCACAAGUUCUUCCAUUUCCUCCUUGCUUUUCUGGUGGCAUUGGCUGUGGGGACGCUGUGUGGAGACGCAUUGCUGCAUCUCUGGCCACACGCGCAGGCCAGUCCCCAUGAACUCCUAGAACUGAAACAUCAUCCAGUAGUGGAGGACGCUGUCCUGAAAGGCUUGUGUGUGCUGGGGGGUAUCUACUUCCUUUUCCUCAUUGAGAAUUUCAUUGGAACACUCAAACACAUUCGGACAAAGAGGACGGGCACCACCAGAAAGCGACAAGACCAGCCUCCUGCGAAGGUGGAUGAGAGUAGCACUGUCAGUUUAAGGACCUCUCAUGGUGCUGAAUCUCGGAGCCUGACAGGGCCAGAAGGAGAAGCCGGGAAUCUCUGUGCUGAAGUCCAGGACCGCUCCAUUCAAAUCCGCAGCUUGGAAGAUUGUGAGGCAAACUCAGAGAGGCCAGCAGAAGAGCUACAUUCUCAUGGACAUUCCCACAAUCCGGCCGGGACCCUUGGUGCUGGGAUAGCAGACAUCGCCUGGAUGGUUAUUCUUGGGGACGGGGUACACAAUUUCACAGAUGGAUUGGCUAUAGGGGCUGCGUUCUCUGGUGGAAUCUCCAGCGGUUUAAGCACUACAUUGGCUGUAUUCUGUCAUGAACUGCCUCACGAACUUGGAGAUUGCGCCGUCCUGCUACAGGCUGGCAUGCCUCUCCGGAGGGUGCUGCUCUUUAACCUGCUCUCUGCUUUCCUGGCUUAUUGGGGUGCAGUGUUGGGGACCAUCGUCAGUCAGAGCACGUCAGAAGUCACCCCCUGGAUCUUUGCCAUCACAGCUGGCAUUUUUCUGUAUGUGGCACUGGUGGAUAUGCUACCUGAAAUGCUGCAGAGGAAUUCUACGAGGGGCAAAAGGGGGUCCCUCGCACACUUCCUUCUCCAGAACGUAGGCUUCCUUAGUGGAGGAGCCCUCAUGCUUUGCAUCGCUCUCUUUGAAGGGCAGAUCAGUUUCCAUUUGGAUGGGUAGCACUCUUCAAGGCUGGAAACCCUGACUACGAGAUGGAAUGAAGGCAUGGUCCACUUCACUUACGACCGACCGACCGACCGACCGCUCCUUUCCAAUAGCCCUAGGAGGGGCUGCGGAAUCACACCAUAUUCUCACCCAACAGAGUUGGGGAAAGAACUUAAUAGGAAAACCCCCAAAGCAAUGGGAUUUUCUGCCUACUACUCCAGUUUUUCCGUGUAGAUUAUGGCAGCAGAUGUAUGCCAGAUGGAGGACAUCCAUGUCACACACAGCCUCUGUGGCUUCUACAAAAGGAGAAAAGUUACUACUUUCAGUUGUUGGAGCCAAAAUGUCAAAAGCCACUUCUUAAAGCGGUUGUACUUGAUGAAGUGGGCAGGGGAGAAACACGGCGUGUAUUCCAUAUGUGCCGCCUCGGAACGCAAUGUGGGGUGGGUGAGCGAACAGGAUUUAUGUGACUGCAGCUACCUUGGGCAGUAAUUCUUGAUAUAAAUUGAAGGUUCCC